CAGCAUAGGCAGAAAUAAGAAGUUGUGGGGAUGGCAGUUAAAAUUCAAAAAGAAAGUUAAUGAAACGGACUUACGGCAUUGGGUUCAGCUUCUGUAGGCCAAAGAAGAUACACGUGUGUUACAUCUCUCGACAACAUAUCGGACCUUCAAGUUCUUCACAAUCGCCGGCAAUAAUACUAAACUACAAAAAAUAAACACAUGGACCAGGACAAACCUUCGACUUCUUUCGAGGGCAAACCUAGAAAAAGGACCCACAGUAAGAUAGAACUUGAAGUAGAAGAUGAUAAAACACAACAGCACGACCGCGAUGUGCCGAUACAAGAAAAAAAAACAAACAAACAACAAACAACAAAAACUAUUCUUGACUUUCCAGAUGAAGUUCUUCUUUGUAUAUUUAAAAAUAUGGACAUAAACAACUUGAAGAAUCUCCGAUUAUGUUGCACAAGAUUUUCAAGAGUAGCGGCAGAUAAAAUUUUAUGGAAUUUAGACUACAGCAAAGAACCUAUUCUUCCGUCUCAAAUGGAGCCGUAUGAAACUUUUUUACAACCAUUAACACACACCUUAGCAAUACGUGGAGAUUUCCAACAAGAUAGUGAAAAUCUGCUUGGACAUUUAUUUUUUUCUAAAGUGAAACAAAUAUGCCGAAUACUUAACACAUUAAAAAUCGAGAACUAUUUUAUUAAUAUGGAUGAGGUAUAUUUUACUUUUUAUAAAACUAUUUACAGUAUGUACACAUUUAACAAACAGCUAAAUUGUAAGUUAUUAGGAAAUUAGAAUACAAUAGUUUUUUUAUUUACUUUCUUAUGCGGUGUGCUUUUGG